AUUAAAAUUCAAUAUCAAAUACAGUAAAUUUUCUCAAUUAACUAGACUAAACAAAAGUUGUGACAUUAGAAAAAAAUAAUUAAUGUUAAAUAGACUUUAGUAGUUUUAUGUUCUGAAAUAUAAACAUAUUAAGAAUAAAAUAAUAUCAUUCCACGAAAUAGAAAGUAUAUUUGUUAUCUUUUGUUAGGUCGUAGUCGAACUUCUUCACACAAAUCAAGAUGUAACCUAAUCAAACAGCAAAUUAUGCUGUUGUCAUUUUGUAGAGAUUCUUAUAUCACUAGUUACUACCUCAUGCAAGCAUCAUGGUUGCAAUGGCCACAUACAGACAAAAAAUAAGAAUAAAGAAGGACGAGGAAAAAGGGCUUGCAGUUCAAUAUACACAUAUUCGGCGCUUCAGAAGUAUGUGUACUGUGUACCAUUAUGGAGGUAACUACCGUAACUUUGUUCACCUACUCUACAUCAAGUUGUGUGAAGAGACUGAAGCCUAUGGGUAGGGAAUUUAUUCAGGGGCGCAACCAGGCCGUUUUCAACGGGGGGUGUUUGUCAGGUUGGAAUUAACACAGUGAAACCACGACGUAAGUCGCAACGUCGCAAGGUGUCGCCCAAGUGUCUGAAACACGAUAAAUUGCUCCUGGUUAAUAGUGAAACGCCAUCGAUUAAAUCCGUGGUUCCCAACCGUCGGUCGCGGAGCGCUGCCGGUCCGCAGGAAAUUUCGUUGUUUUGAUACCGUCUCGAUGACCUUACCGUUGGAUUGGUUUAUUACACAAUUUCCAUUCCACCAUCAUUUUGCGACGUCUUUCGCGACAUCUUGGCGCCGAGCAAUCACACUAUUUGCUUUUCCGGCACCGAUUCAUAGCGAAUGCUCUCCAUCAAAUCUCGCAAGAUUCAGAAACGUAAAAAACGUAAAUUCAUUUCAUUUGAGGCGUCGAUCAACUGCAGAGCGAUUAAUAUGAUGAACCCGAUGGAAAAGAAAAAGCUUGAUUAAAAUUGUGAUUCUACUUUAAAGUCGAGAUUUGAAAAAGUAUUACUUGGCACAAUUUUGAAUAUCUCUUAAUAAAAAUACCCAUCUCUAAGUAAUCGAGCAUUCAAACUGUUGUGCUUAUUUUGAACCAGUUACGGCGUUAUGCGAAAAAUUGUCAUCACUAGAUUCAAUUAAAAAAGAAGCAUGGUGACUUCGUCGACGACGUAACUGAAGUUGAUACGCAGCGCACGACUAUGGCGACGCCAGCAGAAAGAACCAAGUGCAUGGACAAAAAGUUGCGACAUCGCAAUAAAAAUGUUAAACGGCAAAUGACGAUUCUUUUUUUGGUCCUUGUUCGUCGAGAUUCUCAAUCCGAACAUUGCACACAAUCAUGAUAUUUUUUUCGUAGAGUUAGCAUUUAAUAGCAGUUGGCAUGGGCUUGACAAACUUAUUUCAGAGCGAAGUUUUAACAAGUCAAUGCAUAGUGUAAAUCGUGGAUGAAAUCUUUAAAUUCUCUUCCAUCUUUCCAGACUCCAUUUCCAUUAUACAGAAUAUUUGCAUUUACCAUGUAAAUGCUUGUCAAGACAUCGAAGAUUCGGAAUACCAUGUUAGUCCCCUUUGAGGGAACAAAUAAGUUCUCAUUCGUUGGUCCAUACGAUCGACUCCACCCGUUUGUGAUUUACAAUACACAAGGGCUUUUCACGCUUCUAGUACCGUUUUGUGAACUUUUGAACGAACUUCCUUUGUAACGUAGGGGUUUGUGUGAAUUGUGGAUAACAACGCCACUAACUUCAUAUCAUGCCACAUACAGGCCAAAAAUUUGUUCAAUCGCAGGAAGACGGCAUUAUGAAAAAGAAUUGCAUAAGCGAUAUGAUAAGUACUGGCGCCACAUCGAAUAACGUUGACCGCGACGUACAGCUGGACGCCGCGAUAUCGACGAUACGCACGGCAUCACCUUGUAGUUGCACAACAACGUACGAUUAUCAUCAUGACGUAAUAUAGGUGCAUCAGAGCAUCGUCCAACGGCAACGCAGGCGAAAAAAGUAACAAACUUUGCUAACUUUACCGCUUUGUUGCUCAAAAAAUUCAAAUGCAAACAUCAUGCGAUUUUUUGUGUAUGGAAAGGUAAAUAUCCUGGUUACUUAACUUUCAUACAUACAUAUUUUAUUGUUUUUUUCGGAAAACAGCACUAUUAAUCGCUUUAAUUUUUGUACCAUUUUUUGGGGGGAAAUAUUUACGUUCAUCUUUGAAUCGAGCCUUACAGAAAACAAAUAAUUUGAUCAUUAGAUAGCUCUGAAAAAACUAAACUUCAUAUUUUGGCUUUUUUUGUGGCUGUAACUGUUUUAAAAAUAUAGCCAUUUAAAAACAUGACUCUCAAACUUCCGAACAAAUUUCAAAUAUGGCUUGGCAGCGAAAGCGUUAAAGAUUGGCAACCACUGGGUUAACGGCGCUUCGCUAUGUCUUGCACCUCAUGGUUAGCAAAACGCCGCAUAGCUAACAAAACGCCGUUAAUUAUUUUCAACGUUUCCCUCGCCUUGCUCAUUCAUUGAGUGAAUAUCUGUCUGAGCGAACUUGCUGUGUAGAGAGAGAGAGAUUGAGAUUUAUUUCGUCAGCCAGAAAACACUUGCUUGAAUAUAUGUCUGAGCGAACCAAGUGUAUGAGCAACUGAAAAAUUCUAAUUGUUACGUCAUCGUUGACUUUUUGCUGAUUGGUCAUUGUUACGGAUUACGGAAUAAACAUUGAAAUUGGCGGUCGGGGAAACAUCCAUUAAAAUCGACUAUUUACAAUCAACUAUUCGGUAUUUCGUCGUUCAUCAUGACCAGACCUCCAGCAAAUCAAGCUAAAUUGACGAGUUAUUUCCUCAGUCCUUCGGAUAAACAGGGCGAAAAUGUUGUGCCUGAAGUUGAAACGCUGUCUUUAGUACAUCUGGAUGAACCCCAAGCCUCUACGCCAAGCACCAGUGGAAGCCAAAAAGACCCGAUUCCACCAGCAGCUAACGUUAUAGGUCUAAUAGGUAGUCAAAUGGACAUUGGUACAUUUGAUCCAAACGAAAAAUCCACAGACCAACAAAAAUACGAUUACCUAACUAAUACCUGGAAGCCGAAGACAUCAUUCCAAUUUCCCAGAGUUGAGAAAAAAAUAAAGAAAAAGAUCCGCUAUCUGUCAUUUCAGAACAAAUGGCUUGAUUCUUACAAAUGGCUAGCUUAUAGCCCAUCGCAAAAUGGUGGAUUUUGCAAAUCGAGUAAAAUAUUUGCUCCCGAAAGAGUGAGAGGUGCCGAGUUGCGGGUUCUCGUGAAAAAGCCGAUGAAGAAUUAUAAAAAUGCCACGGUUAUUUUAGCAGAGCAUGCUACGAAAGCCUAUCACCAGCUAGCAAAUACAAAACCCGAGAAUUUUGUACAAGCAUACAAGUCAUCGCAAGGGAACGUUGUGGAGCAAAUGUCGCAUCAUCGAGAACAGCAAGCACUUGAAAACCGAAAGGGCAUGUUAUCUUUGAUCGAUAUAAUUGAACUGUGUGGUCGGCAAAUGCUCUCCCUCCGUGGCCACAGGGAUUUUGGCAAAAUCGAUCAACCUUCAAUCUUUGAAGCAAAUGAAAACGAAGGCAAUUUCCGUGCUUUGGUUCGAUUCAGAAUCCAAUCCGGAGAUCAGGAUUUGCAAAAAUUUAUUCAUGGAUCUGCAAAAAACGUACAGUAUACAAGUUGGGGCAUUUAAAAUGAAAUUGUGCAGCUCUGUGGGGAUUUCAUUAGAAAAUCUUUGGUUCAAAGAGUGACACAAUCUGGAUAUUUCUCCGUAUUGGCAGAUGAAACAAGCGACGUUUUAAACUGUGAGCAGUUUUCAAUUCGUAUCCGUUACGUAUACAAACCCGUGGAUGGAAAGCAUGAACUUCGUGAGGAUUUUCUUGGGUUUGUCAAGGCUGAAUCUUUGACUGGUGAACACCUUGCAAAUUUGCUGUUGGAGAAUUUAGGUGCAUGGGGCCUCGAUUUAAAUCAAUUGCGUGGCCAAGGCUACGAUGGCGCAUCAAAUAUGUCGGGAACCUUCCGCAGCGUUCAAGCAUUGAUUAAACAUCAAUAUCCCAAAGCUACAUAUACCCACUGUAAUUCGCAUUGCCUAAAUCUCGUCAUUGGCCAGGCUUGCCAAGUUGCUUCCAUACAAAAGUCUUUUCG